AUGAUGCGACUUGCUGCUGCCGAAGGCCGGCUGAAGAUGCUGGCCAUUUUCUUGGUAAUUUUGAUGGUGAUCCUAAGCAUUGCCAAGGAUGAUAUUCACCUCCCAAAACUACUCCGUUUGGGAGGCAAGGAAUGCAAAGAAGACCAAGAAAAUAGUUUAUUGAGAGGUCAUGCUCCAGCAGAAGAGCAAAACACAGAGUACCCUCCAGAAAUCCCAGCAGCCCAAGAAAAUCAAUCGGAGACUCCGGAAGAAUUGGGAGAGACUCAAGAAGAAGAAAAAAAUGGCGAGACACAAAAUUCACUCAAUCCACCCGCUUCCCCACCUGCUGAGGUUGAGGUGUUUCCUCCACCAGCAGAAGAAAAUAAAGAAGACGAGACUCCAGAAGAAAUGGAAGAGUCUCUAGAAGAGGAAGACGGUGAAACUUGUACUAAACUCCCAGCUCCAGCCGAUGGUACUUGUGCCGCCGCAAACCCUUCAACGCUCGACAAUGGCGUGCAUGGGGGAAAGGAUGCAUAUGCUGGCUGGUAUUCUUUGAAUAAUGAUGGUUGCUGUCAAGACUUUUGUCGAUGGGUUGGUGGUAGUGGUUCUGGAGGGGAUCCAGGCCUUCAAAUCAAACAUCGCGAUUCUUAUUGGUCAUGCAGACCAGCAGGUUAUGCAGCCUGUACAUACUUUGAAGGUUUUGGUGAGACCUUCAAUUUUGCAAAGUGUGACGGUCAGGGUUUGCCUGCUGUAUCCAACCCUGUAAUAGAAGCAGAGACAGCCCCUCCUCCUCCAGCGGAAGAAAUUAAUGAAGAGACUCCAGAAGAAUUGGAAGAAUCCCUGGAAGAGGAAGACGGAGAAACUUGUACUCAGCUUCCAGCUCCAGCCGAUGGUUCUUGUGCAGCAGCAAACCCUUCUACUCUCGACAAUGGCGUGCAUGGGGGUAAUGAUGCAUAUGCUGGCUGGUAUUCUUUGAAUAAUGAUGGUUGCUGUCAAGACUUUUGUCGUUGGGUUGGUAGUUCUGGCUCGGGAGGAGACCCAAGCUUGGCAAUCAAACAUCGCGAUUCUUAUUGGUCUUGCAGACCAGCAGGUUACGCAGCCUGUACAUACUUUGAAGGUUUUGGCGAUACAUUCAAUUUUGCUAAGUGUGAAAGUCAGGGUGUGCCUGCUACUCCCGAGCCAGAAGAAGAAGAGACUCCAGAAGAAUUGGAAGAGUCUCUGGAAGAGGAAGAUGGGGAAACUUGUACGCAGCUUCCAGCUCCAGCUGAUGGUGUUUGUGCAGCAGCAAACCCUUCAAUGAUUGACAAUGGCGUUCAUGGGGGUAAAGAUCCAUAUGCUGGAUGGUUUUCUUUGAAUAAUGAUGGUUGCUGUCAAGACUUCUGUCGUUGGGUUGGCAGUAGUGGUUCAGGCGGACACCCAAGCGCGGGAAUCAAGCAUCGGGAUUCGUAUUGGUCUUGCAGACCAGCUGGGUACACUGCCUGCACAUACUUUGAAGGUUUUGGCGAGACCUUCAAUUAUGCUAAGUGUGACGGGCAGGGUUUGCCUGCUGCUCCCCAACCAGUUGUAGAAGCAGAGACGGCCCCUCCUCCUCCAGUGAAAGAAGAGACCCCGGAAGAAUUGGAAGAGUCUCUUGAAGAGGAAGAUGGGGAAACAUGUACUCAGCUUCCAGCUCCAGCUGAUGGUGUUUGUGCAGCAGCAAACCCUUCCACUCUCGACAACGGGGUUCACAGCGGUCAGGAUCCAUACACUGGCUGGUAUUCUUUGAAUAAUGAUGGCUGCUGUCAAGACUUCUGUCGUUGGGUUGGCAGUUCCGGCUCGGGAGGAGACCCAAGCAUGGCAAUCAAGCAUCACAAUUCUUAUUGGUCUUGCAGACCAGCAGGUUAUGCUGCCUGUACAUAUUUUGAAGGUUUUGGCGAUACCUUCAAUUUUGCUAAGUGUGAUGGUCAGGGCGUGCCUGCUUCUCCCAAACCCAACGGAGGAGCAAAGGCAGUUGCCCCUUCUCCUGAAGCACCUCCUGCAUCAAAACCAGAAGACUUCGUUACAAUGAUUAAUCAACAUCAUCAGCGCAUUGUUCUCUUGAGUGGGUCUGGAGUGACCAGUCAAUUGAUGAACAUGAUGGCGCAAAAAAUUUACUUUGCCGAUGGAAAACAUGAUGGAUUUAUGGUGGUGGAUUCCGAAUACGGUUAUAGAUGGGAUGCUAACACGGGCUUGUUGAAGGGAUUCUUUUCACCAACAAGCUUGUCAGUACUUCCUUGGGAUGAGGUGAUGCCUUCGAAUUUUGGGGCUCCCACGGCCGGGGAUAUCAUAGGAAGGAUGGGCGGCAAGUACACGGAUCCCGCAGGUCAUUUUGAUGCGGUGAUUGCAAUCGACAGGAGCUAUCGCAAGCGAUUCAAGAAUGCCUACAGCAACAAGAAACACAACUUCGGCGAUCUAUACGAUCGGAUGGUUGUCGAAGGCUGUGCCAAUUUACAAUUCAAUGACCAAGCCAGACAGGCUUUCCGAACACUCUUGAAUCAAAACAGCAUUCCCGAUUUUACCCAGGUGAAAUCCGUCGCCUUUCACGUUCGUCGGGGCGAUAAGGUCAAGCUCAAAGAAUCGCGGGCCUAUACCGGAGAAGAAUACGUCACUACCUUCGUCAAGGCAGCCAAGGGGGGUGCUCAAAGUAUGGAGGCUUGCUUUAUUGCAACCGACGAUUAUUCCUCCAUUGGCGAAAUUACCAAUGCCUUGGUCUCGCAUGGUAUCACAUGUCAAGUUUAUACCCUCACGAGUGCAAACGAACAGGGACACGCUGCUGAUGCCCGUACCAAUCGGGACAAUACCCUUCAAUUCUUGACGGAAUUCUCGGUCCUCGUAGAUGCCACGUACUUUGUGGGAACUUUCAACUCCAACGUUGGUGGACUGGCCGCCGUUUUGCGUCGUUGUCAUUACACAGAUGCACCGCAUUAUUCCCAUAGCUACGGAGUGGAUUCUGAAGGGUGGUUCUUUGACGUGCAUGUAUAA